AGCGCGAAGUGGCUCAAGAUCCCCGGGCUCCGAGCUCUCCGAGGCGAUGAAAAGCGCCUUCUCCGUGCCUCCAGGAUUGGAGGUGAACGUGCACUUGGAGACUUUGGAGGAAAGCAUGCGGCAGUUGGCCCCAGACGCCUCACGGGAGACAUUGAUCCAGGUGGUGCGAGAGGUUGUGAUGAGCGAAGUGGAGAAGAUCGUCCAGGAGCGCACAGAGGCCAUGUGGGCCAAAGGCAAGCAGGCCUUCAGCGCAGCGCAGCAGAGGCAUCGGGAAGAGCUGCAGCAACUCGUGGAGGAGGUGUCUCAGUGCCACCAGAGGCAGGACAGCCUCGCGGCGGAGAACCUGCGCCUGCGGGAGGCCCUACGGGUCAUCACCAAGAAGUGCUCGCUGGCCUUUCCCGAUGAGCCGUCGCCAUCCACCUUUGCGGGAUCUGUGCCAGACUCCGGCUAUGGAGCCUUUACGCCUUCGCCCUUUACGCCUGCGACAGACUAUGGCUACAACGAGGUCUUUCUGCCGGAGGUGCCGCCCCUGCCCUUCGGAAAGCCAGGCGUGCCAGGCUCGCCAGCUCCCUUGUCCCUGGCAGAGGCGUUGGCGCCUCCGCAAAUGCCGCAGCGCACUCCACUGUCACUGGCGUCUGGAAGCCGGGGGUUUGUCCAAACCCAAACCGAUCCCAGGGAAUCCCUGGCCACAGCAUCUUCGCCUUCAGCGUCUCAAACCGGUCCGUGCGUCGAGAGCACCACCUUCAGCGUCACUAUCAACAAGGAUGCUGCACUAGGGCUGGACGUCUCACACGAGGAAGGUGGCAAGGUUCUUCAAGUGGACGGGAUACGCCAAGGCGCAGUGCAGGCCUGGAAUCAUCAAUGCCUGGCGGCCGGGGAUUCGGAGAAGGUCAUAAAGGCUGGGGACAAGAUCGCGAGCUGCAACGGUGUCUCCGAUCCUGCCAAGAUGCUGGAGGAAUGCGCUUCCCAACAGACGCUGCACCUCACGGUCAUGAGGGAGGCCUCGUCGCCUCAGCGCCUGAGGGCGGAGGCCUCCGAGUUUGUGCCUUCCUGGGAGGCAGAGUGAGGUUGUGAAAGUGAGCCCAAAGAGGGCUCCGGGGCGUGCCCGCACGGGAUUUGCACCAUGUCGGAGUUGCCACAU